AUGGCUCCUCUUUAUGGCGGCGCCAUCACCGUCGCCCUCCCCGACGACGCCGUCGACGCGCUGAAGGUGCGCGAGGUCCCCGACACCCAGGAGGUGUUUGUGUUCUCGCACCCGGAGCUGGUGCUCUGGGACCGCAGCUUGAUCUUUGACCUUUUGGAGCUUGUCGAUGGCGACGACUACGACACGAUAAUGGGCCACCACAUCGCCGACAUCACCGACGAGAACCCCACCAACCGCUACUUGGAAGACGUCGUUACUGAUAUCGACGUCAAUGGCCAAAAGGUGGCGUGUAAGCUCUCGCUCAUCGAGUUCUCCAACCGCCGCCGCGACGCCACCGAGGCCGGGGCGCCGCCGUAUAUCGUCACCCUCAUCGGGUUGAUCCGGCUCACCAACGUGGCCACCGACUUCCUCGUGACGUUGAACGUCCCCGUGGCCAACUCCCAAGCUGGCGAUAGCGUCGUGAUCGACCCCGUGUACGCUCUCUUUAAACAGGUCGUGGGCUCGCUCAAAGUCGAGCGAUGGGACCUUUUUGGAUAA